GAUUAUUUCACUGAAUAUUAUGUGUAAUAUGAGUGGAAAAGGUCCUGCCGAAAACUUGAGUGUUAAAGACAAGACUAACAUACCACCCAUGGCAAUCCAUCAAGGAGAAGAAGAAGGGCCUCUGUGUAUCUGGGCUGUUGUGAAACCUGGAAAUACUAAGGAGAAAAUUGCCUUUUUUGCAGCCCAUCAGUGUAACAACAGGACAGGUUCAAUGAAAAUUAAAAGCACUUGGGAUAUUGAUGGAAGAGCUACCAAGCGAAGGAAGAAAUCAGUGGAUCUUAAAAAAGUCAAGAUACAGUUAGAAAGGAUGAAAGAGACCAAUAUUAGAUCCUACCAGUCUGAGCCUUUUGCUUGUGAUAUCGAGCACUGUUCCUUGCAUUAUAUGAGUGACAGUGGAAAUGGAUUCUAUCCAGGGAGACCUGCAUCAGUCAUUGAAAUGGUUGCUUUUCUAGAGCAGCGAGCAAGUGCUUUGCUUGCUACCUGUACCAAAAACUGCCUAAAUUCUUCUGCCACACUGAGAUUUGCUAGGCAAUCUAAAGAGACGCCCCCACCAUCUGAUCUGUUCUGUGUCUUGGAAGCCCAUGAGGAGUCUGCCCAAAGAGGAAACUCCAAGGGUAGCAAGCCACAGGGUGAAACUGUGCAUGUGCUCGACAUGGUGGCUAGGCUGGAGUCAGAGUGCCUGAAACAUCAGAGAGAGCGUGAAAUGGGGGGAGGCCUUUCUAGAAAUAAUAGUUUCCGGAGGCACGUGGGCAGGGUGCUGCUGGCAAAUGGAACUCGGGCAGAUGGGAAGGAAGCAGAGAAAGAAUCACCUGAGGUCCCAGACACUCAGGCAAAUCCUGCUGCUGUUGUAACUAGAGAUUGUGCUUCUGAGAGAGUUGACCACCACUCUUCUCUGCAGGGAACCCAGUCUUGGGAAUGUGCCUCUACAACUUCAUUGCCACCAGGCAUGGAUUUCCACAUGGACAAUGUGGGGUUAGAGCCAAGUCAACAGACUGCUAUGAAAACAAGAAGUAGAUGUGAUGUGGAAAUGACUGAGGAGCUCGGGUCAUCUUUUCAUUCUCUUACCUGUCCCAAAGCUUCUGAGUUGCCCUCAGAUACUAUGCAAAGCAAAGGCAUAACUAUUGAUUGUAUGAGUAAGAAGAUUGUGCCAUUUCCUAGCCAGAAUCCUGAUCAAAGAAUGAGGGAAUCUGUAUGUAUUAGUAUUUCUGUGUCCAGGGUGGAGAAAGAACAAGAUUCUAGCAUAAGCCUUUGUGAAGAUCCACUCCCAGGGAUGUUGUUCUUUCUACAGCCUAAUCAGCCUGAAAAAACUUGUUCCAAGUCGAGUGAAAGCAAAAGAGGUUCCCCAAGACCCCUCCCAAAUGCAGAUUCUUCAGAAGAUGAACCAGAACUUGGAGGAAAAGGUGUUUCAGUGGUAGAGUCCUUUGCACUGCCUCACUCUACUCUGGAAAGCACUAUGGGAAAUACAUUGCAGGUUUUAGAGGGUUCCUUUUUUAAGAAACGGGUGUCUCAUGACUUUUUGGAGACCAGGUUUAAAAUUCAACAGCUGCUAGAACCUCCACAGUAUAUGGCCUUCCUGCCCCAUCAUAUAAUGGUGAAAAUUUUUAGGUUUCUUCCAACAAAGAGUUUGGUAGCUCUUAAAUGCACUUGCUGCUAUUUUAAAUUCAUCAUUGAAUACUAUAACAUCAGACCAGCAGAUUCUCGCUGGGUUCGAGAUCCACGCUAUAAAGAAGAUCCCUGUAAGAAGUGCAAAAAAAGUAUGUAAAGGGGGAUGUGUCACUCUGCCGAUGGCAUCCGAAGCCCUACUGUCAAGCCUUACCCUAUGGCCCUGGCUACUGGAUGUGCUGUCACCGAUCCCAGAAGGGUGUUCCUGGCUGUAAGCUGGGUCUUCAUGACAAUCACUGGGUCCCUGAUCUGCGUGGUUAAAGCCGUGCUGUCUAUAAGACAAGAAGCUAAAGAGGACCAGAAAGAACCUGUGUCAAGUUUAACUCUAAAGCAAUGAGUGAUUUUAUUUUUAAACAAUUAUACAAUCAUAUUUUUUUAAACCUCAAUGAAAUGUACAUUCUAGAUGGCACCCAUGUUUUAGAAAGAGCCCAGUUGGGUGGGGUAAGAGUGGAGUGAUAGAGUAAAUGGAGAGUGUCUGAAUUGAAAAUGGUUUGAAUGACAGGCACUGAUGACAGGAGAAAACUUCUAAUGCAAAUCAGUGGGAGAAGCAUAAUAGUGUCUCAAGGGGACCACUUUGAAGGGGAUGUUGCUCAUUCAGAUGUAUAAAUUCUGGUAUAUGGUUUUUAAAGAAAUCACUCAUCACUGUAUGCUUGAUUCUCUGGGUUCUUAUUUGUGGUUAGCAAAUGAAUGUCAUGCCCUGUGUUGUUUACAGUGUACAUAAUUAUUUUGUUUUCACUGGCUGUGAAACCUGAGUGUGGCCUUUACUUGGUAGAUGAGCACUUUUAGCUCCUUUGUAAAUAGCAUUAUUAAAAACUGUUGUAUAGUAAACAGCUGGCUGAACAACUUAAUCACUACAAUGCAGCUUGGAAAGUGUUGCAGCUAUAGUUGUGUGCCCAAGUAUCUUGUCUCAGAUUUGUAUAUCCUGUAUAAAACACGAAUGUUUCCUGAAUAAAAUAUGAAUGUUUUUCCAAUAUAAUAUAUGAAUGUUUCUGGGAAGAAACUCUAAAUACUAAGGGGUCAACUUGUUAAAGAAUCCCAAGAUGAUGGCUUAACUGGACAACUUUAGACAAGAACAACCCUCUGUUAUAUUAGUGAAAAUCAGUGAAUAAAAGAGUACUGUAUAGUCAAAUUAUAAAAUUGUUUACUUUAU